UCUCUCUAAAAGUCAUUGAUCAAUACAUUUUUGGUCUUUUGUAGACAGAGGAAGAAACUACGGUAGAGUGAGACUUACAAUUAAAGUGGGGCCCAUGUCCGCAUUGGUAGGGUUGGGAAACUUACAAUUGGGAUCGCUAGCAUUAUUGGAUUUGAUGAUUUAAAGUCUCUCACUCACCAAGAAGCAGCGACGAAACAACAAAGAAAGUGCCAGGUACUGUCUACUUCCUCUCACAUCACAACGUGACAGACAUGGAGGGAGAGAGCUCAAGCAGCAGCAAGAAGAGGAAAAUAAUCCACCAAGAUCGUCAUGAUAGUAAUAAUAUUGACGAUGAAGAGAAGAUGGAGAAGUUCUUCGCUCUCAUCAAAAGCAUUCGCGACGCCCGUCAUCGUUUAACGAACGGUCCUGAUGCAUCGGCAGACGACGCCGCUGACGGCGGUGAUGAUGGGAAGAAGAGAAAAGUCGUUUGGAAGCCUUCGUUUCAACGUGAAGAUUUUAUGGACGAGGCAGCACGAGAGUUAAAAGACGACCCUCGUCCUACCGUGACUUUAGCAGCGGGUCAAGGUUUUGUGGACGAGGAAAAACAGUUAAAAGAAGACCUUCCCGUGACUUUAGCAGCGGGUCAUAUAGCAAGAAAUAUUGAUGAGAGACAGGAAGAAGAAAGCUGCAAGGAAGCCAUAGACCUGAGACUCUCACUUUAGUCAAAUCACUGUUUGUUCUUGUGGCCGAUGCUUUUCAAUGUAAUUAAUUACUUAACUAAUAAUUUACUUUUACAUUUUAUCCUUUUUUUAUUAUUAA